AUGGGGCAGAUAAAAGGCAUGGCCUACAGCAUCCUGCUGCUCUGUAUCCUGUCGCUGUGGAUGGACUCUGUCCAGGCUGGCUCCAGCUUCCUCAGCCCCUCACAGAAACCGCAGGGAAAGGAUAAGAAGCCUCCCAGGGUGGGCAGACGGGACUCGGAGGGGAUCCUGGACUGGUUCACCAAGGCCCCGUUCCAGGAUGAAGACAUCAGACACAUUACGUUCAACACCCCUUUUGACAUUGGGAUCAGCAUGACGGAGCAGCAGUACCAGCAAUAUGGAGAACUGAUGCAGAAGAUCAUGCAGGAUUUGCUGAUGGAUGCACCAGCUGAAGGUUAG